AUGAUCAAAGGAAGAAGCAUUUACGUGUUGCUGGACGAGCUCAAGAGGUGUAGAUCGCUGGAAAGAGGCAAGCAGCUUUACAGCCAAGUGAUGGAUGCCGGCUUGCGACCGAGCUCACACUCGGCCAUCUUGCUGCUCAAUCUCUACUCCAAGUGUGGAUUCAUCGACGAGGCUCGUUUUAUCUUCGAUCGAUUGCCGUGUCACGGUGUGGUCUCCUGGACAUUGCUUAUCUCUGGCUACACAGAGAAUGGAAGGCCCGACUUGGCCCUCGAUCUCUUCUCGUCGUGCUUGCAAGCGAGUCGUGGAAAGUGGGAGCCAAACGCUCGGACCUUUGUGGCGGCGCUCACGGCCUGCUCGAUGCUGCUGGAUAGGUCAAAGCUGGUCAAGACGGAUUGCCUCGAAAGGGCACGAUGGAUCCACUCGCAAGCGAAGAGCAAAGGCUGCGAUCAUGAUCUCUUCGUCGCAAACACGCUGCUGGAUUUGUACGCGAAGUGUGGGAGCUUGAUCGAGUCUCGGGGAGUCUUUGAUCGGAUGAAAGCUCGCUGCAUCGUGUCGUGGACUGCGCUGAUGCUGGCAUUUGCCGAGAACGGGGACGGGGAGAUGGCGAUGAAGCUCUACUCUCGAGUUCUCCUCGAGGGGCUUGGGCUCGAUGGUCGAGUUUUUGUUGCUGCUUUGAUGGCUUGUGGAAUCUUGGCAGCUCUUGAGGAUGGAUUGGAGCUCCCAAGCAAUGGAAGCGUCGUGAAACUCAAGUCCCUGGGAAGAACAAUGGCGAUCCAUGAUCAAGCCUCGAUCACUGGCCAUCUUUUUUAUGAUAUCUUCGUCGCAAACGCGCUCAUCGACGCUUACUCCAAGUGUGGAAGCAUGGCUGAUGCCACUCGUGUCUUUGGAUCCAUGCAAUGCCACGAUGUUGUGUCUUGGACGUCCCUCAUACUUGGAUUCAUGGAGGCCGGAGAGAUGGAACUCGCCCUCCAAACUUUCGAUCUCAUGAAAGCUGGCCGACUUUGUGUUCCAAAUGCCCGGACUUUCGUGGCCGUGCUCAAGGCGUGUUCUUGCAUGGGCAAAGACGCUGGCGAGAGAUUGAGAUUUCUGGGAAAGGGUCGUGAGAGCAUGGGCAAAGACGAUGGUGAGAGAUUGAGAUUUCUGGAAAAGGGUCGUGAGAUCCACUUGGAAGCGUCGUCCAGGGGCUGCGACACGGAUAUUUACGUAGCAACAACUUUGGUGGCGAUGUAUGCUUCGUGUGGAUCUCUUUCCCAAGCUCGAUCCAUCUUUGAGUCGAUUGCUUCUCGGAGCAUUGUCUCCUGGAAUGUGAUGAUCGCGGGGUGUGUCGAGAAUGGAGAGAACCUCGAGGCUCUAGAGUUGCUCCAAAGGAUGAAGAAGAAUAACGGAUUGAUCAUACGUCCCAGCGCUCAAACUUUCAUAGCGGCGCUCGAGGCGUGCGCUGCGUCGACGAGCUUUGGAGCUGGAGUGGAGCUCCACGGCGAGAUUUGUAGAGCCGGGAUGGAAGACGAGCACUGCGUGGCCACCUCCCUGGUGGAUUUCUAUGGAAAGUGUGGGAACGUGAUCAAAGCCCAGCAAACUUUCGAUUCAUUGAGCUCGAGGAAGAUCGACACGGCAGCGUGGUCGUCGCUCAUCGCCGGAUACAGUCGACUCGGAGACGCUGGGAAAGCGUUGACUCUCUUCGAGAAAAUGAAAGACGAAGGAACCAAGAUGGAUAACACACUUAUUCUCGAAGUUCUUAUGGCUUGUAGCCAUGCUGGCCUGGUUGACAGAGGAAAGAACUACUUCGCUUUUUUUGGUGGAGUUUGUCUCGGAAUCGAGCACUACAAUUGCCUGGUGGAUAUGCUUGGACGAGCAAAUCGAUUAGACGAAGCCAUGGCGGUGGUGAAAUCCAUGCCUCUUGGAGUAAAUCCAAACCUCAUGACUUGGAGAACAGUGUUGGCUGCCUGUAAGAAAUGGAACAACGUGGAGAUGGGAAAGGAGGCCUUUGAUUGUCUGAUGAGGAUGGAUGAAAGGGAGGCAGCAAGCUACGUGAUCAUGGCAAACCUCCACACAAUCACAUAG